AUGGAGGAAAUGGAGAAAAGCAUCAAGGAGUUUGAAGAUGAAAAGAAAUUCAUUUUUGAAUGUGCUAGCUUCUUCGGUGCUUUUCUCAAGAAAAAUGCCAUGAUCGCUUACAACGAUUCCUUCAACGAGUACCUCGACAUGCUGAUCAAAGACGAGCAGGCUAAGGAGAAAGAAAUCAGAGACGACCAGAAGAUCGAACAGAUGAAACAAGAUAAGAAAACAUACAACGCAAACAAAGAUAUUAUCUUGGAUAGCAUCGCAACCGAAAACAAAGAUGAAAUUCUUCCUAUAGAAAGGAUUUAUGAAAUGAGGCAGAAGCUUUGCUCCUUGAAACACAAUGGGAAGUCUCUUAAAGAAGCUUUAGGUAUUGUGCGUAUACAUACAAAUAUAAACAUUUGUUUCAGUCGCAAGUAUAGUAGACGACUAAUCAAGUCGUAUAGAAUUUUCUUUUCAAAAUACAAUCCAAUCUGUAUCAAUUGUGAAGAUCCGAAUAGAAUCGCAUAGAAAUCAUUAAUUCCUAUUAAUUAAUGAAUCCUAUCAAGCGAACACCUCUAUUAUGAGGACAUGAUCUAAAUUGGCAGAAAAAACAACGAACCUGUGUUAAACUUCGAUAUUUUGAUAAUUCUUACAAUCUUAUGUGCUUGGAUUGCCCCCGUACAGACAUAAGGUUGGUCACUAUGUUAACGUUUUUGGCAAUCUAUUUGUUAAUUUGACUAGCAUAUUAAGAAACAGUCACACAUUGAUUUUUUCUCACCCAAACUGAUGCAAUAAUUUCUCAGUUAACUUUGCUACUUAUAAAAAAUUAUGGCCAUUAACAACCUGAUUUACAAAGAAAUUUUCCAUUUUGUUAUUCAUAUUAAAGUUGAAAUAUACGCACGGGGUAAUAUCACAAAUUUUGGUGGAAAUUUGUGUAUUUCAAAAGUACUAAUUUGUCAUAAAAACAUUAAUUUGUAUAGAUGGCGUCAUCUCAGCAAAACAAAGAAAUCACAAAGUACAAAUGUAA